AUGGUGCCGUCGCCGCAGCCGCCCGCGCUGUCCGGCGGCACGAUGUUCCUCCCGCCCCAACCGCGGGCCUCCGCCGCGUGCACGUCCAUCUGCUGCACCUGCGGCGUCGCCAUGCCGCCGAACGCGGCCAACACGUGCGCGCGCUGCCUCCGCGCGCGCGUCGACAUCACGGAGGGCGUACCGCGCCACGCCGCCGUGGUGUACUGCCCGGCGUGCUCCUCGUACCUCCAGCCCCCGCGGUCCUGGCUCCGCGCCGCCCCGGAGUCACCCGAGCUCAUGCAGAUCCUCCUCCGCCGCGUGCAUCGCCAGAUCGCCCGCCUCGGCGCCGCGUUCGCCGCCGCGGAGUUUGUCUUCACGGAGCCCCACUCCAAGCGCCUCAAGCUCCGCCUCCGCGUCCGACGCGAGGUCCUCCACGGCGUCACGAUGGAGCAGGCCCACGUCGUCGAGUUCACCGUCCACGACCGCCUCUGCGACGCCUGCGGCAGGGCCCAGGCCGACCCCGACCAGUGGUCCGCCGUCGUGCAGGUGCGGCAGCGCGCGUCGCACCGCCGCACGCUCCUCCACCUCGAGCAGCAGCUCGUCAGGCACGGCGCCGCGGACUCGGCCCUCCGCGUGGACGGGAACCCCGGCGGGCUCGACUUGUACUUCGCGUCGCGCUCCCACGCCGCCCGCCUCGUGGACUUCGUCUCCUCCGUCGCGCCCGCCCGCGUGGGCACGGCGAAGCAGCUCGUCUCGCACGACACCAAGAGCAACUCGUACAACUUCAAGCACACCUUCUCCCUGGAGCUCUGCCCGAUCUGCCGCGACGACCUCAUCUUCCUGCCCGGCGAGGUGUCCCGCGCCCUUGGCGGCCUGGGCCCCCUCGUCCUCUGCAUCAAGGUCACCAGUUCGCUCGCGCUGCUCGACACCAACAACAUGCGCGUCGUCGUGCUGGGCAUGAAGGAGUACGACCGGUACAAGUUCGAGCCCCUGCUCACCAGCCGCCGGCUCGUGGAGUACGUCGUGCUCGACGUGGAGCACGACCCUUCCGGCGGCGUCACGGUGCUCGGCUCCCAGUACAUGAUGUCAUGGGCGCAUGUCGCCCGCGCGUCGGACUUGGGCAAGAACGACACCAUCUUCACCGUGAAGACGCACCUCGGCUACCAACUCAAGCCCGGGGACUAUGCGCUGGGGUACGACCUCUACAGCGUCAACUCCAACAACGACGACUUGGAGAGGUAUGGGCAGAGCCACGAGAUACCUGAUGCGGUGCUUGCCAAGAAGAGCUACAAGAAGAGCGCAGGUAGUAGUAAGCCGCAGGACGGCAGCCAGCGAGACGGCGUUGACAUCGAAGAGAUUGCCAUGGGGAUUGGAUGCAUUGACCUGAAUCCGUCCGACGAGAAGGAGGUUGAUGAGCUGCUCGAGGACCUCGCCAUUUGA